AGCCGACCCACGGACAGCGACGACGAAUGGCCGAUAUAUCAAAUGGGACUGAGUCAAUAUCCACCGGUUUAAAGAUGUGUUCGACGGAACCCUGGGUUGCUUCACCGGCGGGCGGGCUACGCUGCAGCUGCGCGAGGGGGCGGUGCCUGUGUAUUGCCGGGCGCGACCUUUGCCCUACGCGCUACGUCAGCGCGUGGACGCCGAAUUGGACGCCAUGCUGACGGCGGGCGUCAUCACACCGGUCGACCACUCGGACUGGGCUACACCGCUGGUGGUGGCGCACAAGGCGGACGGCGCCAUCAGACUGUGUGCGGACUACAAGGUUACGCUAAACAAGGUACUAAUGGUAGAUAGAUAUCCCGUGCCCAGAAUUGAUGACCUGUUAAGUAAUAUUAGUGGCUACAAAUAUUUUUCCAAGCUUGAUCUAUCACAGGCCUAUAACCAGAUUCUUUUGGAUGAUACGGCAAGAUAUACAGUGGUCAACACACAUAGAGGUUUAUUUCAAUAUAACCGUCUCGUUUAUGGAUUGUCCUCGAGUCCCGGCAUAUUUCAGAGGAUCAUGUUAAAUUUGUUCAAAAAUAUGCCCCAUGUUAUUGUUUUUCUUGACGAUAUAUUGAUCACUAGUAAAACGAUACAAGAACAUAAUCAACAUAUACAGGAGGUCUUACACAUAUUGCAAAGUAACGGGUUAAAAGUAAGAAAGGAUAAAUGCGAGUUUUUUGUAGAUGAGGUUAAAUAUUUAGGGUUUAUUAUAAACAAAGACGGCGUGAGGGUUGACACGGAUAAGGUGGCACCGAUUAUUAGAAUGUCGCCUCCCACCAAUGUUUCCGAAUUAAGGUCAUUCUUGGGUAUGGUUAACUUUUACGGGAAAUUUAUUAAGCAUUUGAGCGAUAUUCUGGUUCCUCUAUACGAGUUACUUCGCAAAGGUAAACAUUGGAUGUGGGGUGGCAGGCAGAACGACAGUUUUAUCAGAGUUAAGAAGGCCUUGUGCAGUGUGGAGGCCCUGGUACAUUAUGAUAUGCGCUUGCCUUGCCUGGUGACAUGUGAUGCGAGUGGACACGGCAUUGCAGCGGUGCUUGCUCAAAGCAGCGGCGACGGGGUUGAGCGCGCCGUGGCGUAUGCAUCGCGCGCGUUAACGGCAGCGGAAAUGCAUUAUAGUCAGGUGCAUAAGGAGGCACUGGCCAUAGUCUUUGCCAUAAAAAAAUUCCACCAGUAUUUAUACGGCCGUAAUUUUGUUCUUCGCACUGAUCACAAACCAUUGGUUACGAUUUUUGGACCCAACUGUGGUGUUCCAACAGCCGCCGCGAGUCGAUUACAACGGUGGGCAAUACUAUUAUCGGCAUAUGAUUUUACUAUUGAAUAUGUUCGUACUGAUCAAAAUACCGCGGAUGCCUUAUCUCGCAUGAUACAGGGCCAUCGCGACAACGGGGUUCUGGAACGCGACGAGGUCCCUGAACAGACGUAUUUACAUUUUGCCUCUGACGCGAUGUUGUUAGAUUAUAAGCUUCUACGUAACGAAACCUCUAAAGACAUAUUACUUAGUCGGGUGUUAAACUAUUUAAAAGAUGGUUGGCCGUUAGAGGUGGAGGUUAAAGAAUUAAAACCGUUUUUAAAUCGCAAAAGUGAACUAUAUGAAGAACUCGGGUGUAUUAUGUGGGGUCACCGGGUAGUUAUACCAGAGGCAUGUAAAGAAAAAGUGUUGCGAGAAUUACAUGAGCCACAUAUGGGUAUUGUCAAGACUAAGGCUUUAGCCAGAAGCUACGUGUGGUGGCCUGGCAUCGAUGAGGCGGUCGAACGCGUUUGCCGCGCGUGCGCCGUAUGUGCCGCGGUGGCGGACGCGCCGCCGGCCCACGAACCGCGCCUCUGGCCGUGGCCUGAACGUUCUUGGGUACGGUUGCAUGCAGAUUUCCUCGGUCCAUUGGCAGGUACUAAAUAUUUAAUAGUAGUAGAUCCACAUUCAAAAUGGAUAGAGGCAAUUAAAAUGUCAGGUACGUCAGCGAGUUAUGUAAUAGACGUGUUUAGAGAAAUGUGGGCGCGUUUCGGUUUACCAAAACAGCUGGUGACGGAUAACGGUCCCCCAUUUACGAGUACUGAAUUUCAAGGUUUUUUAACCAGUAAUGGAGUGGAACAUAUUUUUACCGCACCCUACCACCCAGCGUCGAACGGGGCUUGUGAGUCAGCGGUAAAGAUAUGUAAAAAGGUAAUGAAAAAAAGUAUGGAACAAGGGACUAAUAUGCAUACGGCGUUAUGUAGAUUUUUGUUGAACUACCAUAACACACCCCAUUACGCCACGGGUUACCCUCCAGCCAAGCUGUUGCUAGGUAGGUCACUUCGAGCCAGAUUAGACUGCUUAAAACCGGAGCUGACGUCACGGGCGCACGAGCAUCAGGAUCGCAUUAGGAAGCAGGCGAAGGGUGUACAAAGAAGUUUUCAAGUAGGAGAUUUAAUUUGGUAUAGGAAAUUCGGUACUAAUAAAACUAAAUGGUGCCCAGGGCGCAUUGUAGAAUGUCUGGGCGGUACAAACUAUUCGGUUAAGGAGGAAUCGGGAGCGGAAACGGUACAUAGGCACGUAGAUCAAAUUAGGUCGAGAGUGAUAGAUCAAGCUGGGCAAAGUAAUCCAUUUAAAAAUCUACACGAGACACCACAACAUCGAAGUUUAGCGUAUCCUUUACCCUCGCCCGGUCCGGCGGUGGGCACAGAGGUGAAUGAUGAUGAUGACGCUGCGGCUGGCAACGCACAGGCAGCGCCGGUUGAGACGCAGCCAAAUAUUACUAGGAACCCGCCCGCGGCAGGUCAAGCAACUCCGGAGUUACUGGUGGCUAACCGCCCAAAAAGAACGCGAUUUCCACCAGUAAGAUAUGGACUCGAAAUUGAUUGAAUACCUACCUUGUUUCUGUAAGGGGCCUCUGUCGUUAUUCAUUAUAGUCAGUCAAGGAGCACGUAUCAGGAAUAAUCGCUUGUCCCUUUAUAGUCAGUUUUUUUUAAGUGUACUCGACGGAAAAAGGAAAAUAAAACAGGCAUUAUGAAUAACGCAGAUGACUCACAGGAAAGAUUAUUAUUGUACCUAUUAAUUUUAAGUUACUUAUACUAUGUUUCUUUUAAUUAUGUAUUAAUAUCUCAUUAGGUAUGUGUGAAUAGGAAUUAGGUCAAACUCCUUAGAAUAAACGACUUUAGCAAUAGGAAAACAAAAGAACAUUCUGUUAUAUAUGAGUUUAAUAAUCAAAAGUAUAACACACACAAAAAACCAUGAUAAAUAACUAUGAAUAACUAGGCGAACAGGUAAACCAGUAGUUAUAUACCUACAUAAUGUAAUCUUUGUCUAAUCAUACCUACUCGCAACAUAAGUUAUGUACCCGUGUAUCAGUCAAUAAGACUAAAUAGACGAUUAAUUAUUGAUUGCAUCUUUUUGUAACUAUCUUUCAAAUCAACAUUUACAUAUUGUAUUGUACUGGUUAAGUUAUUCCCAAGGAAAUUAUUGUAGUUUUAGGGUGAAGGUAUAGGUAAAAUCAUUUUCAUAAAUGUUAUACAUACUUAGUUAUAGUUUACUUUCUUUUUUAAUUUACAGUGUGCCUUAUGUAAUAUUUUGGAACACAAUUAUUGAAUUAGACCUAGCACAUAAAUGUAGCACACUAUACUCAACUUUGAGGAUUGUUUUAGAAUAAGGGUGAAGGUGUUAUAUAUGGGUACCUAUAUUUAUAUAUCGGGAAUAAGUGGGUAGGCAGUCGCGUAAUAAAUACUUGCCAAGCAACACGUCUUUUAUUUAACAAGAUGGAGAAAAGAAUAUCUGGCCGAACUGCAACAAAGAACAAAAUGGCGUUCCCGGCAGAUAAACCUUAAAAAAGGGGAUCUGGUGGUCUUUAAAGAACCCAAUUUACCACCACUUAAAUGGAGACUCGGCCGAGUUCAGCAGCUUUACCCCGGCGAUGACGGAGUGGCCAGAGUCGCUGACUUUCUGACUUACCGAGGCGUUGAACG